AUGGCGGAAGCAGUGUCCGCCUUUCGGGCUGCGGGUGCGCGGCUGCUGGAUGCAAGGCCAUCGCAGGCAGGCUUGCUGGUGACCAAACUGAUGAGCGGCCAAGAGGGUGAUCUGCAAGCAUCUGGCGCAGCAGAUCUUCAGCUGAAGGAUAAUGUGGUGGAGUUCGAUGACGAGCUUUUCUGGGUGACGAAGUGCGAGGUGAGCUCUGCCCAGGUUCCUGGAGGAACGAAGUACACAGCUGAACUGGAAGGCUUCUCCGCUUCUGGGCGCGAGCUUCGUUAUCCGACGGACUUUCCUUUUCACUCGGACCUCAUCUUGAAGCUGCGAGCGCACAUCUUUGCGGGAGACUACAUGAAUCGUUACCGCUGCGCCCGUGAGCUCUUGAACGGCAUCGGGUUGACAGACCCCCAGCUGGAGAAGGCAGUUCUGAGACCUUGGCGCCAGGUUCCUGGCACGUAUACUCGGCCUGGUGCACUUUGUGAAGACUUGAUGCCCAUUAACAGCGACCAGCGCUCGGCUGUUCAUGGCUUGUCAUCACGUCUCGAAGUCAUCCACGGCCCUCCAGGCACAGGCAAGAGCACGACAAUCUUCCACAUGCUCAGCUCGCGCUUGCCUUCGAUGGAUGCUGCGGCCAUCGUAACUUGUGUCACGAACCAGGCGAUUGACGCCGUCGUUGAGAAGUUGGCGCAAACGCACGAUGCUGCUGGCGGCCUGCGCAUCCUGGUCCUUGGAAAUCCAGAUCGAGUUGGACGGACAGCUGGGCAGUACACCUUGGAGAACUUGUGCAAGAGGGAUGAACUCGUCCUCAGCAUGCAAUGGGCCACAGGAGUUCUAUCAAAAACUUCGAAGGCUGUGGCUGAACUCCAGACUGCAAGGAGGGACCGACUGUGGAGGCCCCAUCGCAGGUCUCGGCUGCACUUGUCCCAAAUUGAGCGGCUUCCUUCCGUCCUUCGGUAUCACGCGGAGCUCGAGGUGGAGAACCGUCAGCGCCGACACCGUCAAGAGGCCCCAAGGGUCUACGACCCCUUAGACUUCUACCUGCGCCGCCUUGACGACAUCAAGCAGAAGCUGGCAGCGGCGGUCACCCAGCUGAGGCCAGUCAGAUUCUUGCGAAGGCGACGACGCUCCCUUGUUCCGUCACCUUCCCGCUUCUACGAAUGGAACGUCCACAGUUUCAACCUUCGCAUUCAGAAGGCCUAUGAGCGCUCCAAAGAGGCUUUGAGCUUGGCUCAAAACACGGCAGCGGCGCGGAAUGUCCGCAGAACGCGGGUCCUCUUGUGCACCAUACCCUCGAGCUACAAGGUCAUGCAGCUGCAGGAAGACUACGAGGACGACUUCCCCAAGAGGCUUUUCAUGGGCAUACUGGAUGAGGCUGCUGCAACUGCUGAGACCUACAUUCCCUUGAUAUUGCGAUUGCAAGUUGAGAACCUGGUGCUGCUGGGCGAUCACAAGCAGCUCAGUCCAUUGGUCUUGGCCUCGGGCGGGGACCGCGAGAUCAAGGACAAGAACGUCGACCGCAGCUUAAUGGAACGGGCCAUUGACAACAAUCUCCGUCCCCACUCGCUUCGAGUCCAAUAUCGCAUGCCGGAAGUCCUUUGCAAUCUGGUGUCAAGCCUCUUUUAUGGUGGCUCACUUCGGACGGAGAGGAGCGUCGCCGACCGGCUGAGUCGGCUCAGCCUCGAAGGGCAGCCCAGGCAGCCCGAGCUGCGCUGGUUCAACGUCACCGUCCAGGAACUGGACGUGGGCACCUCGAAGGUGAACCACGCGGAGGUGGUCCAAGUUAUUGAGCUGUUGAGAUCUGAUCCUGUCCUGGGCCGUUCGCUCGACCCGGUGAUGGUCAUAACUCUCUACAAGCCGCAAGCGGCCCUACUGCAGGAGGCCCUCGCGAAGUCUCUUGAGCCCCGUCGCAUGGCCUUCAUCAAGGUGGUCACCGUCGAUGCUGCCCAGGGCUCCGAAGCUCCGCACAUCGUCCUCUCCACGGUGCGGAGCAACUCCGCUCGGAGCAUCGGCUUCGCUCACAACCCGCGACGCCUCAACGUGCCCAUCAGCCGGGCGCAAAAGACCCUGACCAUUGUCGGGAAUAAGGAUGUCUUCAACACUUCCCAACCGAACUGGAACCGCGUGGUCUCCACCUUCUGCCGGCAAGGCCAAGCCUCCGACGUCUCGGUCCACGCGCUCCAGCAUGCGGCCUCCUGGCACUUCGUGCAGCAGCGGGCGCUGGAAAUGAUGGAGCGCAGCGCGAGCAAGGGCCAAGGGAAGGGCAAAGGCAAAGGCGGCAAAGGCAAAGGCCUGGAUGCGCGGCCGCGCGAUCUCGGUGAUCGCUGGUCACAUCGUGGCCGCUGCCGAUAUGCACCAGAUCUCCGGUACUACUAA